CCUGACGUCUUUCCGCUUGGUGUUUUACUGCCACGCAUGCGUGAAAGGUGUUCUUUUACUCUGCAACGUCAGCGGCUCGGUAAGAGCGACAUCUUCUCGGGCUCGGAGACGCUAGAAAGGACACAAUGGACCAAGUAAUGCAAUUUGUGGAGCCGAGUCGCCAGUUUGUGAAAGAUUCAAUCAGACUUGUAAAAAGGUGUACGAAGCCUGACAGGAAAGAAUUUCAGAAGAUUGCCAUGGCAACAGCUAUUGGAUUUGCUAUUAUGGGAUUCAUUGGAUUCUUUGUGAAGCUCAUCCACAUCCCAAUUAAUAACAUUAUUGUUGGUGGUUAGAGCCUGCCUUCUGACUCAAUAAUCUUGGCGUAGAAAAUGAGGAUGAGAGAACAGCAAAGAACACUUUAUAUUUUGUGUUUUAUCAAUAAAAUAUUUUGAUUUGUAUAAUA